GGGCUGCUGUUGAUGAAUUUGGUGGUACGUCGGUGAAGAAUUUGGGGUCUGAUUUUUUGCGUGGGACACUUGGAAUCGGGGCAAUUUUGAGGAAUUCAUUAUGGGUUCGUACUGAUUAGGGUUAUGUAAGGAUUGAAGUUGAGUGGUCGGUAUUGCUGAUAUAAAGUCUGCGUUUUUGUUUUUGAUCAAAAUAAAGUCUGCGUUUUUGGUUGUCAAUGCUGGGUACAAUCAUUGAUUUUAAUUUUUUCCCCGAUAAAAUCUUUUGUGGGUUGUUCAGAAUUGGUUAAAUUUGGAGGUGGGUUUGUGAUAAUUUGGGGUUUUAUCGAGGCUUAAGAUCUAAAAAUCGGGAAUUUCCACUUGGUUGCAGAUUAUUUUGGAAAAGUAGCGGAAUUCAAAUUCUUGGAGUUGUUUCAUAAUCUGGUGGUGAGCUCUUAUUCAACCAUUUGGGCUUAGAAAUUACUUUGUGUGUAUAAGGUGGUGUUGAUUGUGUUGCUUGGGGCUUUGUGGUUGAGAGUCAUUACUUUCUGGAUAAGAUGAGUUCUACCAUCACUGAAGGUUUGGUUAAUCUGGGCAAGCUUUUGGUGCAUAUUGCUGAGAAUGGGCACUCAUUUGAGCUCGAUUGUGAGGACACCACACCGGUAGAGGUAGUUAUGCGCUUUAUUGAAUCUGUGGUGGGGAUUAAUCUCAACGACCAGCUUGUUCUGUGUUUGGAUAUGAAGCUUGAGCCACACCGGCCACUUUCAGAUUAUAAGCUUCCAGCUGAUGGUCGGGAAGUAUUUAUAUUCAAUAAAGCAAGACUGCAACCUAACUCAUCCCUCCCUUUGCCUGAGCAAGUUGAUAUUCUUGAGAUUGCCGAACCCCAAUCACCAUCGGCUUCACAUGACCCUCACCCUUUGGAUGAUGCUUUGGACCCUGCUUUGAAAGCUUUGCCUUCUUAUGAAAGGCAAUUUAGGUACCACUACCACAAGGGUCAUGCAAUUUACACUGGUACCCAAGUGAAAUAUGAGAACUGCGAGCGGCUCUGGAGAGAGCAAAAGGUUCAAGAAAGGGCAGUGGAGGUUGCAAGGGGCAAUUUGGAUCAAUACUAUAGGAUGAUAAACCAAAACUACACAGAAUUCAUGAAGCGUUAUUCUCAACAACAUAGGAUUCAUUCUGAUCUUUUGGUGAAUCUUGGGAGGGAUGUAGACAAACUGAGAUCCAUCAAGCUCCACCCUGCAUUACAGACUGCCAGUCGUAAGUGCUUAUCGGAUUUUGUCAAGGAAGAGAACUUGAGGAAAGCGGGAGAGAGUUGUAGCAGUUCCCACAGGCAGUUUGAGAAUAAGGUUUCACAGUUCAAGCAGAUAUUUGGUGAGGUGAAGCGAAAAGUCGAGGAAUUGUUUUCUAAUAGGGCUUCUUUGCCUACUAGGAAUUUGGAUCUGACGAUUAAGGAGCACCAGCGAUAUAUUACUGAACAAAAGAGUAUAAUGCAGUCUUUGAGCAAAGAUGUAAGUACUGUCAAGAAACUCGUGGAUGAUUGCUUGUCUUGCCAAUUGUCUUCGUCGCUUCGUCCUCACGAUGCAGUUUCAGCCUUAGGCCCUAUGUAUGAUGUCCAUGACAAAAAUCAUCUGCCUAGGAUGCAGGCUUGUGAUCGUGCAAUUUCCAAGCUGCUGGACUUCUGCAAGGAUAAAAAGAAUGAAAUGAACAUCUUUGUCCAUAAUUAUAUGCAAAAGAUAACAUAUAUUUCUUACAUCAUCAAAGAUGCAAAGUUACAGUUUCCUGUUUUCAGAGAGGCAAUGGUGCGUCAAGAGGAUCUAUUUUUGGACUUAAAGUUGGUUCGGGGUAUCUGCCCUGCUUAUAGAGCCUGCUUAGCAGAAAUAGUAAGAAGAAAGGCUUCCCUGAAGCUUUAUAUGGGAAUGGCUGGACAGUUGGCUGAAAGGCUUGCGACAAAGAGGGAGGCUGAGGUUAGGAGACGCGAGGAGUUUCUGAAAGCUCACAGUUUAUACAUGCCCAGGGAUGUAUUAGCAUCCAUGGGAUUAUAUGAUGCCCCCAAUCAGUGUGAUGUCAAUAUAGCUCCUUUUGAUACUGGCUUGCUUGAUAUUGACAUUUCAGACCUGGACCGUUAUGCACCUGAGUUUUUGGCAGGAUUGUCUUCCAAGGGUUCGUUUAGAGGUUCAUAUUCUAUGUCUAAUGAAAGUUGUCAUUCAGCAGAGGUUGGGGAGAUUGCAUUGGAUAACCUUGAGAAAUAUGACUCUGAGGAGCUACUUGAAGGCUGUGAGUUGGUAGAGAUUGCUGGAACUAGUAAGAUGGAAGUUGAGAAUGCAAAAUUGAAAGCCGAACUGGCUUCUGCAAUAGCUAAGAUUUGUUCAUUCUGGCCUGAAGUAGACUAUGAAUCAUUGGAUGAUAGUAAAAUGGAAAUUUUAUUGAAGGAUGCUGCAGAGAAGACAGCUGAAGCCUUGCAACUGAAAGAUGAAUAUGGAAAGCAUCUGCAAUCUAUGCUUAGGAUGAAGGAGAUGCAGUGUCUUUCAUAUGAGAAACGCAUCCAAGAACUGGAACAGAGAUUGUCUGAUCAGUAUUUGGAAGGCCAGAAACUUUCAAAUGAUAAGGAUGCCUCUGAAUUUGCCCUUUUGUCUGAUAAGGUUGAUGAUUGCAAGCAAGAAAUGUUAGGUGGUAGAGAAGUCCAUAUGCCUUGCUUAUCUAAUACUGAGCCCAUGGAUGAGGUUUCUUGCAUCUCAAAUUCUCUGGAUACAAAAUUGGGUCUGUUCAAUGCACAACCUGGAAAAAUGCGAGAUGGGGGAGAUGAAAAUAUGAUGGAUUCUUCUGCAGUACAAAAUCAUCAAAUGGAUUCAUCAAUGCAAGAGCUACAUCGUGAAGAACUGCUAGCCAGGGGUAAAGAUGUGAAAGAUAAGAUGGUGGGGCAGCUGGGCAUGUCACUGACAAACAGUUCUACUGCUGAAAGCAUGCCUGAACCUCUGAAUGUCUUACCAUGUGAAACAGCAACUGAGCCAGGCUUGGACAACAAAGUCAGUACUGAACUGUUGUUGGAAUUGGAAAGUGCACUUGCAGAUAAGUCAAACCAGUUGAGUGAAACAGAAAUUAAGCUUAAAGCUGCUGUGGAGGAUGUUGCGAUGCUUAAGAGGGAAUUGGACACAAAUCGGAAACUACUUGAUGAAUCUCAGAUGAAUUGUGCUCACUUGGAGAAUUGUUUGCAUGAAGCAAGAGAGGAAGCUCAAACCCAUCUUUGUGCGGCUGAUCGCAGGGCCUCAGAGUAUGGUGCUCUGCGUGCUUCUGCUGUGAAAAUGCGUGGCCUUUUCGAAAGACUUCGGAGCUGUGUUUAUGCUCAGGGUGGGGUGGCUAGUUUUGCUGAAUCACUACGUACCUUAGCACAAUCUCUGGGAAAUUCUAUUAAUGACAAUGAGGAUGAUGGUACUGUUGAGUUUCGCAAAUGUGUUCGGGUCCUCGCAGAUAGAGUUGGUUUCUUGUCAAGACACCGUGAAGAGCUACUGGACAAGUAUCCGAAGGUUGAAGCUGCCAAUGAACAACUUAGAAAAGAAUUGGAAGAUAAGAAGGAUCUGGUUAAGACUUUGUACACAAAGCAUCAACUUGAGAAGCAGGCAAACAAGGAGAAGAUAUCUUUCGGUCGCUUGGAAGUUCACGAGAUUGCCGCCUUUGUUCUUAACACAGCUGGGCAUUACGAGGUAAUCAAUCGGAAUUGCUCAAACUACUACCUCUCAGCUGAAUCUGUGGCCUUGUUUACGGAUCAUCUCCCACAUCAACCUAACUACAUUGUUGGACAAAUUGUGCAUAUCGAACGCCAGACUGUGAAGCCAUUGGCUCCUACUUCAACCCGGUCUGAGCACGAGCUAACCUCUGACACAGGGACCGACCGGUUGACCUUGAAUUCAGGAUCGAACCCCUAUGGUCUCCCUUUUGGCUGUGAAUACUUCGUAGUGACAGUAGCAAUGUUACCUGAUACCACCAUUCAUUCACCACCUCCUUCCUGAUCCCUGCGUUAGGCAGAUUGACGUGAUGGAAGAAUUCCAAGUGUACAUACGGAUAUUACUUUAAACAGUUAUAAUCCUUCUAGUGGGAGAAUGGAACUUGAUUUGGUGUGUGUACAGCUGAUGAUGCAAUAGAAUUUAAUCUUCUCCUCCCACUCUGGACUUUGUGUAUAUAAUAGCCAUUUCUAUGAUUAUAUAAAAAAUGUGAAUAUUAGCUCUCC